UUGCGCUAGCAAAAGUUUGCAAUAGGCCCAUUCUGUCACGACUUCGACUGUGUUUUUCUCAUUUUCAUGUUAUCGUUUUCUUUAAAUUUGAAAUACUCUCCCAAAGUAAAUUAUUAGGAUUCUUCAGUGUUGUUUUCGCCGAAGAUGCAGAAUAAACCCAUCUAAGCUUCAGUUUUAGUCAUCUUAUAUUUGUUACAUUUUUACUUUUAGCCUCCCAUUUUAACUGACUUUUCAUGUAUAACAUGAAAACGUAAUUGUAGUGUGAGACAUUUUCUUAUCAUUACAUUACGCAAGAGUGAAAGUUUCAAAUAAUGCAGUUGUUAUUCCGUUGAAAUGAAUAUUGGAGCUUACUGACCCCGACAAAUCUGGACCCACCACGAUUCAUGGAGUUUCUAAUGGAUUUCGUUGUGAUUGUUUGGCAGGAGAUUCGCAUUGAAGACAUCGAUUUUCAGGUUACUUGACUCGCACCGUCGCACGAUGGCGCAAGCAUAUUACAGGGACAACUGGAUUCAAGAGAAAAUAGAUAUCAUCGGUGGCCAAUUCGUUCCAACAUUAGCGUACAAUUUUAUUCAAGUGAUGUUGAACGGAUGGUUCGUGUGGUUGCUACUUACACUUCCCGGAUGUUUCUCUCACUUACAAAAACAAAUUUGCCGGCCCCUUGGAAGAGAAGACAAUCCGCUAUACAAUACUAUCAGCUAUUACGGCUGGUACUUCCUCAUGUCUAAAGUCUUCGAUCUAUUGGAUACGAUAUUCUACAUCUCAAGAAAGACAAAAUCUCAGAUUACAUUUGUUCUCGUCCUUCACCAUAUCUCAGCGGUUUUCACAGCAUGGAUUCACCUGAAAUAUUUGUCUGGUAAGUCCAUACCAGAGACAGGACAAUUUUGCAAAGCACUAAAUUAAGUAUCCUCUUGAUGUAUCAGUUCCGAAAAAUCAGUCUGAAUAAUCUUUAGUCAUUGCACUUUAAAAAUUAGAAAUUGAA